AUGGAGAUCCUGAGGCGGCGGGCUGCCCAGCCUUAUGUUCCCCGACGGACCCUCGAAACUGACUUCCCCGCACCACUGUACAGCGAUGACUACCUGUCCUUGGAGGGCCCCCGCUGGGCACCAGCCAUCAAGCAGGCCACGCGAUGGAAGUACACGCCCAUGGGCCGGGAUGCAGCCGGCCAGGUGUGGUACACGGGGCUGACUAACUCAGACCCGCGGGACGCGUGGUACACACUGCCACGUGAGCUGGACAGUCCCCACCGCACCGCCUACACACACUGGCACGGCUGUCAUAGUCACCGAGAGCAUGACCUGCCCUCAGCCUACGGUCAGCGCCUGCAGGAGACUUCGUGGUACGACCCCACCAUCCCUGCUCAGUCUGAGGCACCCAGAACGCGGUGGGGGAGCCUGCUGUGGAAAGAUAGACCCAUCCGGGGAAAAGAGUACGUGCUCAACAGGAACAGAUACGGGGUGGAGCCGCUGUCUCAGGUGUACAACUAUGUGCCAUACCUGUCCCCACCCCAGCGCCCGAGGUACACAACUCAGAACUACCGGAAGUGGAACCUUGAGCCCUACUGCCCCUCCUCCAACCAGCGGCCCCCGCUCACCUACACACCCAGCUGGGCGCUCUCCCCACGUUGCUGGUAG